AUGGUCCCUGUGUGUGCGGCCUUUUGGUAAAUGUUUGAUUUGAGGAAUUCUUCCCUCACAGAAAGCAAAAACAAGCCCCUCGCAGUGCUUUUCUGUGUGGUCACUGAUGUGGAAUUCAGAGAUCAGACGUGGGAACUGGCCGGGCGUUGUAGCCACAUCAGCGGGCCUCCGUCCCGGUUGGGAGUUCAUCCCCAGCAUAGAAGACGCAGCUUGUGCGAUCCGUUGUGCCGAAUGUAUUCAUACGUUUAUCAGGGGAAUGACAGCAGGCGUCUCGCCAGACAUCCACGGUUACCACAGCAUCGGGUGGAUCUGUUGAAGUCACUCCCGGGGGAACGGCACGGGCGUGACAUAAACCGUUGCGUCACCGGCAUCACAAAGGUCGACUGCAGCAUUGAUAAGUGAGCAGGAAUCGAUAAACACAAUACAACCUUUGGCUGGGUGGUUUGUUCCGUACGUACAGAGGCCAUUUCUGCGUACCCCGCGCCGACAUGAACGGCGAGGCCAGCCAACAGCGUCAUGUGACGACCUUCAGGAUGCACCUCAAGCCGCACAGAGCACCGGGCGCACCGACUGGGAACCGACCGGGAGCGGGUGACACCAGCGAGCAACGUAUUGACGCACAUGGCUCUGUCGGCUUCUCCGCCCCCAGACGUCUGGAUGCCCCCGUCUUCGUGGAGCCACUGCAGGACUGCUGCGUGGACGAAGGAAAUGACGUCACGCUGCGGGGGGUUCUCGCCGGGAGUCAGCCCAUCAAAGUGUCGUGGUUACACAAUGGUGAAGUGGCCCGUUUUGGGACUCCAUCUUUCAAUGGCAGGGAGACCAGUUUCUCCGUGAGGGAAUGCUUGCCGGAGGACGCCGGCGCCUACACCUGUUUGGCGGAGAACGACGCGGGGAAGACGUCCUGCUGCGCCGCCGUGUUUGUGAGAGACUUUGAAACUAUCUGCAGUGUGCAGAAUCGGGUCUCCUCCGUCCAGACUUCUGCUUUCAAGAGCUUUGUGGGAAAUGGAAGGUCCCCACCGGCUCCCACAGGCAAGCUGCAGCAGUUCAACGGCUCGGUUUGCGCUCCUCCGGCGGGCUCUGAUAAGCUUUGCCCAGUCUCCUCUCCAAGAGAAGUCAUCCCAAAGAAGAGGGCCAACUCUGAGUCAGGGCUAGCAUUACACUUCAAAAACCCUCCGCAGCACUUUGAAGUGACGGUGGGACAAAGUGCACGAGUGACGUGUUUAUUCACCGGCCAUCCUCCUGUGGCGUCGUGUUGGAUCAAACACAAAGAACAGAUUGUGGACGGCCCAGAGCUGUGGACCGAAAACACCGACGGGAGCACCACACUGGUCAUAGCGGAGGCUAAACCGGAGCACACAGGCCGCUACGCUGUCGUGGCGAAGGACCGCAGGAGCUCUGUAGAACACACGCUCACCCUCACGGUCAUCGAGAGGCCUCAGCCUCCGGCCUCCUGCCCCGUGGUCUGCGAGGAAUCUGCCCACGGCCUCGUGCUGUCCUGGUCCGGCCCCUGCUACGACGGCGGCAGCGCCGUCCUGGGUUACGUGGUCGAGGUAAAGAGCCAAGGCGGUGCCGAUUGGAGCGAGCUCACUGCCCAGUGCGAGAGCACCUCGUACAGAGUGUCCUCCGGGCUGCAGCCUCAUCGGGAGUACAGAUUCAGAGUGAGGGCCUACAACGCGGUGGGGGCAAGUGAGCCAGGACCAGAGUCGCCAGUGGUCACGAUGGAGGGGAAAGGUGUAGAAAAACCCAAAGAAGAAGGCGCUGAGCAAGCGUUUUCCUGUGUAGCGAUUAACUCUUCACAGAAAGUCACAGAUCACUACAGUUUGCAGGAGAGACUUGGAAUGGGAAAGUUUGGCCUGGUGUAUAAGCUCACCCACAAAGAGACGGGGCGCGUCAACGCAGGGAAGUUCUACAAAGGCCGACGGGCCAAAGAGAGGGAGGCGGCUCGCAAAGAGAUCGAGUUGAUGAACCACCUCCACCACCCCAAACUAGUUCAGUGCCUGGCAGCGUACGACCACAGGCCGGAGAUGGUCAUGGUCAUGGAGUUCAUCGCGGGCGGGGAGCUGUUUGAGCGCAUCGUCGACGACAGCUUUGUGCACACUGAGUCCGCCAGCGUGAGCUACAUGCAUCAGAUCCUGGAGGGGAUCGCCUUCAUGCACAAGCAGAGCAUCGUCCACCUGGACCUCAAACCUGAGAACAUUGUCUGCGUCGACACCACCGGCACUUCCAUAAAGAUCAUCGACUUCGGAUUGGCCUCCAGGCUCGACUGCAACACUCCCCUCAAGGUGAUGCAUGGGACUCCCGAGUUUGUGGCCCCGGAAGUGAUCAACUAUGAGCCGGUGUUCUUCACCACUGACAUGUGGAGCAUCGGAGUCAUCUGCUACAUAUUGCUGAGCGGCGAGUCUCCCUUCCAGGGCGGCAACGACGCGGAGACCCUCGCCCUGGUCACGGCUGCCGAGUGGGAGUUUGAUGAGGAGAGCUUUGAGGAGAUUACAGACCAGGCCAAACAUUUCAUCAGCUCCCUGCUCCACAAAGACGCCAGGCGGAGGAUGUCCUCUGAGGAGGCGCUCGCCCACCCUUGGAUGUCAUUUGAGGCUGGAGAUCAGGCCACCAACAGGAGUCUCUCCAAGGACCGAUUGAAGCGUUUUUUAGCCAGGCAGAAGUGGAAGAAAGCAGGUAAGGCCUUGUUGGCCCUGAAGAGAAUGGCUCUGCUGUCUAAAGGGGAAACUUCAGCCUCUGCAUCUCCUACCAGCCCAAGAGCAGACUCUCCCCUCAGCCCGGAGGCAAAGGAUGCCCUGCAGUCCCUGGAGCUCAAGCUGCAGGGCCCACCCCAAUUCACCCAGACCCCAGCGGACCAGACGGUGGACCGGGGCUCCAGGGUCCGUCUCUCGUGUCACCUCACAGGAUAUCCUGACCCAGAGGUCGUUUGGCUGUGUGGUGACGAGCCCGUGGUGGAGUCUCCCACUGCGCAGAUAGAGUACGAGGAAGAUGGCUGCUGUACUCUGGUCUUGGCCCAAGUUGGCCCCGAGGACAGCAACGUGUACACGUGUAGUGCCACCAAUGACCACGGGGAGGCGUCCUGCUCAGCCAAGCUCGUGGUUCAGAGGUAGACUCAUCAGAACUUCUCCUAUGCAGGAAUGACAUGUAUAAACCAAUUGUUUUUGGGUGCCUUAAAGUUUUAUUGUACAUUGACAUUUUAACACAAAUGGGGACUAAACUGAAUAUAUUUUAGUUGUUGCUAUAAAUACAUAAUGCAUGUCUUGUGUAUAACUUCUGAAUAUUGUUAUAGAGCUACUCCAAGCAUUUUUAAAGGUUGCUAUUUCCUGAUGGGACUACAGUACGGUUGUCCUAAACAAUUCAAAACAAAUAGAUCUUACUUUGGCUUAUGAGUGACUGAUAUUAAGGUUCAGCUACAAACCUUUCAACUGGAAAUAUGAAGAUAUGAGAUCAGGUUUGAGCCAUAUAGUGAAUAUCUGAUUUGGCAUUUAUGAUAAACCUAGUCUUGUGUUUAUCCCUUUUUUUAUUUACCUGGAAGAAAAAUGUGAAACAAUGGAGGUUUGCACAUUUUUUUAGUAGAGCUUUUAAAAUGUAUCAUCCCCGUUGCUUUGUUUUUUCAUGAGCGAGGCAACGAUAAUAAGACAGAGGGCAAUGUGUGUCUGGGUGGCAUUUGGGGACUGUACUUUCAAGCCACCUGAACUAUUGAUCGGGAAAUCCUUAAAACCGCAGCUUGACUUGCCUUUUCUUUUAUAGUUUAUCAAAAUAUAAAAACGCAUUCCUAAAUAAACUUACUUAAUUUUGUCCAUUGUAAGGUAAAAGAUGUUUUAAAGAUGCCUUUUUGUUUCUAAAUAUUAUUCAUAUUUCAAGGUGAAAUACUUGUUUUGGGCCACAGUUUUGAUCAUUAAUUUGACAUUUACCACGUGAUCGCACGAUUAGUCCUCAAAUGUUCUUUAAUCUUUGUAUAUAAAUAAGAGAAUUUCACGUUCUGCACGGGUGUGAAAUACACAUUUAAAGUGGAUGCUGAAUUUGAAAGGGGUUGAAGAUUACAUUGUCAUUACAUGGUUGUGGAAAUUCUUUUAAAUGUGAGCUAUUUUUACUGCAAACGCAUGAAGACCGUACCGCUCAUGCAGAGUAGCAUGUCAUGGUGGUGAAGCAUAGAAUAAGUUUCUCCAGAAGCAGAUUUCCUAAUGUGCUUGAGAGCAUCACAUGAAUACUGACACAAUUUUAUUAAAGGGAAGAAUUAAAAUCCUUAUUACGCCCCUUUAAAUUAUUUCCCCUGGUUGGCACGUUUACCUCAGUCAGGUUUUGCAGCGCAAGAACCUCUCGUCAAAUAUCCCUAGUUUUAUCUCACAAGGAAGAGUGGAGAAAACAAGAGGCACCCGUUUCAGGAAACUGCUGGUUAUAAACCCCUGAACAGCUUCAUUAAUAGUUAAACUGCAAACGCCACCAGGGAUUUAAACAAAGCGUUUACAAAUUGCUGUCAGACAUGAAAUUAUAAAACAUUACUGAAAUCAAGCACCACGAGAUGGUGGGAUAUGAAUGACAUAUUAUUUGACCUCGUUUAACUAGUCCUCAGACUGAAACUAAGGCCUAAAGUCCAAGGCAUUAGAUCCUGAUCCCAAGUGUCAUCGCCUGGUGAAUAGUUAAGUGGAACAGUCUGUUAGGCUUGGAAAAAGUGUAAAUACAAACAGGACAGCACUCUCCUGCAAGUUCAUGUACAAUUAUGGGUAUUUUUACUGAUUGUCUUGCAGGGUCUCAUGAGUUUAUUUGAAAUGUUUUAACUUUUUUGUAAACUGACCAAAUUAAAUGUUUGAAUAAACAUCCUUUACUCAUGUUAA